GAGGAAGCACAAGAAGGGGUGAGAGAGAAGAAGAGAACAAAAGGAUCGUAGGAAACUAGAGGAGAUAUACCGUCAUGGCGGCAACUCCGAGGAGUAUGCCGAUGGCGUUCAUCUUCCUCCUGUGUAUCACCACUGCGGCGGUGGGCUUCGACGUGCCAUCCUUAACCUUCAGCGAGGGCUUCUCCCAUCUCUUCGGCAACGACAACCUCAUCCGCUCCGCCGACGGCCGGAGUGCCCGUCUCAGCCUCAACCGCUACUCCGGCUCGGGCUUUAUCUCUUCGGACCUGUAUGAUCACGGAUUUUUCAGCGCGUCCAUUAAGUUGCCAUCGGAUUACACCGCCGGCGUCGUCGUCGCCUUCUAUACUUCCAAUGGAGAUAUUCAUCCCUGGACGCAUGAUGAGCUGGACUUCGAGUUCUUGGGCAACGUAAGAGAGAAAGACUGGAGGAUCCAGACCAAUGUGUUUGGGAAUGGGAGCAACACCCGAGGCCGGGAGGAGCGCUACCUCGUCCCUUUCGAUCCCACCCAGGAAGCGCACCGCUACUCCAUCUUGUGGACCCCUGACACCAUCAUAUUCUACAUCGACGACAUCCCCAUCAGGGAAGUUGUCCGGACCGACGACAUGGGUGGCGAGUUCCCGGCGAAGCCCAUGUCGGUGUACGCCACCAUCUGGGACGGCUCCGCCUGGGCCACCUCCUACGGCAGGAUCAAGAUCGACUACAAGUACGAGCCAUACGUCGCCCACUUUUCCGAUCUCGCCCUCAUCGGCUGCCGCGUCGACCCCAUCCAACAGGUGGACUCCGCCGACCGGUGCGCGGAGGCCGUCGAGGAGCUCAUGUCCACCGACUACGCCAUCCUCACCCCCAUGAAGCGUGCCGCCAUGCGCCGGUUCCGCGAGCGCUACAUGAUCUACUCCUUCUGCUACGACCAGCAUCGGUACGGGAACGUCACCUUCCCCGACUGCGACUACGUCUCCUCGGAGCACACCAGGUUCGGGGAAUGGGGAGACAACAAGAUUCCGCCCAAGGAGGUGCGCGGGUCGAAGCGGCGGAGCCUGAAGACGAGCGCCGUGGAGGACGUUCGAACACCGGAGUAGAUUUGAUCUUCUUGUUCAUAUGCAGUACAUGCCUUCGAUCUCCACACGAUCUUUAGAUAGAAUUGUGUUAAUUCUUUGGGUUAGGUGGCAAAGUUAGAUGAAACAUUGUAAUCAAAGUGGGUUGGUGUUUGAUCCUUUGUCAAAAUCAUGGGGUUGGUUGGCGCUACAAAGAAAGGCAGUAUUCGUUAUUGGGCCAGAAAAGAAAGAAUCCAGCCAACGAUCCAUGUCCCAGCC